AUGCUAAUUACAAGUACCAGUUCUACCUGUAAUUCACGAAUCGAAUGUUUGUGGGUUGAGGUGGGCACCCAGUUUGCUCAGAGAUGGAGAGCAUUUUUUACUCAACUUGAGAACUACCAUGGACUUCGCCCCAACAUCCCUAGCCACAUUUGGCUACUUCAAACACUAUUUCUUGGCAAAAUCAAUCAAGAUUGCUCAGAUUUCCAAGCGGAAUAG